AUGGCGCCACCACCACCAUCACCACAACCACAAACACCAUCGCCGGCGCCGAUUAUCUCACUUCCGCUGAGGAUCCUCACAUUCAUUUUCCUUUUAAUUUCGCUCAUCAUCCUCACCACCAACACAGCAACCUUAGUCCUCGGCCUCAAUGAGCUCAACCUCCACUUCAAGGACAUUUAUGCUUUCCGGUACAUGGUGGCAUCAAUUGUGAUUGGGAUUGCGUACACGCUUUUGCAAAUGGCUUUCACGAUCUACCAUCUAAGCAUGGGCCAUCGCUUAGUUGGUGGUGAUGGGUUCUAUCAAUUCGACUUCUACGGUGAUAAAGCAGUGUCGUACUUGCUGGCGACGGGGACGGCGGCAGCGUUCGGGGCAUCGGUGGAUAUGAAGGACGCGCUGUCGGGAACGGGGUCCAGCGUGGACAAGUUCUUUGAGAAGGCAAAUGCCGCCGCCAGUCUCCUUCUCUUUGCCUUCCUCUUCUCCGCCGUUUCUUCCGUUUUCUCUGCAUUCGCUCUCCCUAAGAAAAUUUAUUAUAACUGA